AUUAUCCUUCAUAUAAAUCCUCUCAUUAACAAUCAAAAGACUACAAUUAUUCGUCUCAUUCCCCCCCAAAUGUGUUGAAAGCCAUGGACUAAGCUUUCUAGACCUCAACAUUUCUAGGACUUACUUCUCCAACAUCAUCCGUGAAUGGCAAGUUUGGUCUCUCUAAUCCAAGGAAAAGAGUUCUAUCUCUUCAUCAACAUAUCCUUUCUCCUCCUCCUUUCUUUCUACCUGAUCUCCAAUCCUCAUUUCCUUGAUCAGUCCAAACGAUCUAGUAGCAACAUUUCCUCGUUUAUGUUCCUGAAUGAAUCAUAUCAUGAUGAUGGUUGCAGCAGCCUCCAUAGGUACCAUGAUUACAAAGCCAAGUGCCUGUACUUGAGAUCUGAUAAGGGAUGCAGACCUGAAGGGUACAUAGACUAUCUCCAGCUCUUCUAUUGCACUUGUGGCAGAUACCCAGUUUUUGGUUACACUGUCCUUGUCCUCUGGCUCUUGGUUCUGUUCUACUUGUUGGGUAACACAGCUGCCAAUUACUUCUGUUCCUCACUAGAGCAAUUAUCAACACUCUUGAAGCUUUCUCCAACGAUAGCUGGUGUUACUCUGCUUUCUCUAGGCAAUGGUGCCCCGGAUGUAUUUGCUAGUAUUGUCUCUUUUAUGGGAACCGGAGCUGGAGCUGGAGAAGUUGGCCUCAACAGUGUCUUGGGUGGGGCUUUCUUCAUAUCUACCAUUGUUGUUGGUAUCAUAAGCAUUUCAGUUGGUCCUCAUCAGAUAUCCAUUGAUAAGUCUAGCUUUAUAAGAGAUGUUGUUUUCUUCCUUCUAGUUCUUUCCUCCCUCCUCCUGAUCCUGCUCGCUGGAAAGAUUGAUGUGUGGGGUGCAAUAACUUUUGCUUCAUUAUACAUAGUGUAUGUGUUAGUUGUCUCAACCACACAUUGGUGCAGGAAGGAAGAAAGAAAGAUGAAUUUGUUUCCCAGACCUCCUAUACUGCCCAUUUCUAGGAACUUAUUUGAACAUGAAACUGAGGGAUCUGAAGAAUUGGGCUACCCUUUACUGGCUUAUAUUGAUGAUGAAAAGAUCAAUUCAAAUGAAGAAGGUAGACUUGAGGAUGGUGAUCAGAAGCAAAGAACAAGGUGGUUUAAUCUUGGUUCACCAACUUGUUACUACUUUCACAGAUCUCUGUUAAUUCUGGAGCUGCCUCUUUACUUACCUAGGAGAUUGACAAUUCCUGUUGUUUCUGAGGAAAGAUGGUCUAAGCCAUUGGCAGUGAUUUCUGUUACAUUGGCACCAUUCCUAUUGGCAGCCCUUUGGAACUCCCAAAGGAGAGACAUGGGUUCCAAAAGAGGCCUAGUGAUCUAUGUUAUUGGUGGGUUGGCAGGAAUUACUUUCGGUGUUCUUGCAUUUUUGACUACUGAGGAUUCUAACCCACCAAGGAAAUACUUACUUCCUUGGCUUGCAGGAGGAUUUUUAAUGAGUAUCAUUUGGACUUAUAUCAUAGCUGAGGAACUGGUUGCUUUGUUAGUUUCACUUGGCCAUGUAUUUGGGAUAAACCCUUCCAGUCUAGGUUUAACUGUGCUUGCUUGGGGUAACUCACUGGGGGAUUUAAUUGCCAAUGUUGCAAUGACAGUGAAUGGUGGUCCAGAUGGGGUCCAGGUUGCUAUAUCAGGCUGUUAUGCAGGGCCCAUCUUCAACACAUUAAUGGGUUUGGGCUUGUCACUUACUUUCUCAGCCUGGUUUUCAUAUCCAUCUUCCUUUGUCAUCCCUAAAGACUCUUCUCUGUAUGAGACUGUUGGGUUUCUCAUAAGUGGUUUACUCUGGGCCUUAGUAAUCCUUCCAAAGAAAAAUAUGAGAAUUGAUAGGACUUUGGGUGCAGGGCUGUUGGCCAUAUACAUUUGCUUUUUAUCUCUUAGGUUGGCCAGGGCAACUGGGCUCCUCCAACUUCAUGCCUCUGCUUUCUCCUUGGGUCCCUAGAGAGUUGAGAAUAUCAUAUACAUAUACAUGUACAUAUGUAUAUUUUUGUGGAGUCUGUAAUUUUCUUUUGUAGCCAGUACGUUUUAAACAUUCAGGAUCAUUUGUUUUUUGUAUAUUUUUGUGGUGUCUGUAAUUUUUCUUUUGUAGCCAGUAAGUCUUAUACAUUCAGGAUCUUUUGGUUUUA